AUGAGUGAGCUAAGUGGCGGAGGUACGCCGGGAGCAUCAGCAGGAGCCCGAACCCCCGCUAGGGACCCUGGAAAGUUGCACCAAUUUGUCGGCUGCACCUCAUGGAAGACCAAGGCUGUGUCGCCGGGAUACGCAGUUUUUCGACAAAUCUCUUCACCAGUAGCGAGGAACUCAGAAGAUUUCGUUCAAGAGAAACCAAAGAAGCGAAGGCCAACCUGGGAGCUCUCGGCCAGCCGGUCGACUACUCUCAAUGAGGAGUAUGUCCUCGAAGGACAGCAGUCGAUGCUCCAAACCUCAGUUGAAGGCAAUGCCAAGCCUCGACAUUUGAGGAGCCAGUCGAUGCCUCGGCACAAGACCAUGGAAGAGGAGUUUGCGUUGCUGCCGCAACAAACCGAAGAUGAGCUGGCAAUUUCCGAGGUUCAUUCCAAGCUUGACAGAGCACUCAAGUUUCUGCAGCAUGAUGUAGGGUAUUCACUUCUGGAUGAUGCUCUACCUCAAUCAGGAGGUGGCGUAAGGCUUGCACACGACAUCGAUGUCGUCGUAGCACUUGGUGCCAUUCCAGCACCACGUGGCCAUCGAUCCUGCAAAGUGCCGAAGGAGAGACCAAUUGAGAAUGGUGACGAGGCUGAUGACAUCCUCUCUUGCAAGCCUGAGAUUGGCAAGUGCGCCGCUUCCUUUCAAAAAGAGAUACGACAGGCAGUUGUGCUGGACUGUGUGGAGGGCAUCCGCCUCAUGCAUCUUUGCGAUUAUCACUAUGCGGAUGUGGUUCUGACAUUGGCAUAUGCAAGUGUUUACUUUCGCAGCGCCUUCACUUCAAUUGGGCAAAAGAUGAGUGACUAUGAGGCAGCCCAUGUUUGCGUUCUGCUGAUCUACUUGGCGCACAGCUUUCUCUUGGAUGAAACCUGCCCGUUGAGGGUGUGGCAGCAACAUAUCUUCAAGAAGUAUUGCAACCUCAAAGUGUUGGAUGCGGCUCUUUAUCGCAUUUUCAAAAUGCGUGGCUUCAGAUUGCGGGUCACUGAAGCAGAGGAGAAGGAAGCCCUGAGUGUUCUUCUUUUGCGAACCAAUGGACUUCCGGUGUGGUCCUUGGGAGCCCUGAACAAACGUGUCGCCAUGUAG